AUGUCUAUAUAUGUUAUCUAUUUUAGCAAUUUAGCAAUUCAUCCCUCACUUAAAGAAGAUGAGGGGGAAUCUCUUUGCUGGGACACAAUUGAGGGAGCCAGCAAAGGUAUUAAAGUCAUUUUCUUACCUUCUUACACUCCUGAAUUGAAUCCGAUUGAGAAAAUCAAUCAUAUCAUUAAAGACCAUGUAAGAAAAGAAAAAGUAAAGAAUAAAGAAAAGUUGAGGUCAGUUAUUAAGGAAAAAGUCAAGUUCUUUCAGAAAGAAGAUUUAAAUACCUAUUUGGAUAACUCAGUAAACGAGUGUUUGAUGAAACUUAAUUCUACUGCUCAAUUUGAGGGCAAUACUCUUAUUUGGAAACUUAUCAAGAUGACAACUACUGAACAUUCCAAUCAAGGAAUGCAAACACUAAAAAUUUAUCAAGAGCAUUUGUAUUAUAAAGAAUGCGGUUCUCUUGAAGAAAAAAAAAAAGUCCUAUGGGAUAUUUUUGUUAAAUUAGAGAAAGCUUCUUUAGGGUGUGGAGAAUUAGAUUUACCAUUUUUUGGCGAAAUUUUAUUAAAAAAGUGUGAAGAGAUAACCCCUAUUUUAGCCCCUAAUAAUAUAAUUUUGAAAGAGUUAAAAGAACGAGCAGAAAAAAUAAAAAAAUGUGAACCUGACCCAGACUACAAUAUUUAUCUAGCCAAGCACAUCUGCAAAAAAUUAAUUCAAGAGGCAAAUUAA